CAGCAUUGCUUUGCCAGGAAUAGAGCCCCUUGGCAUGUAUUAAGGAAGGUCUAGAGAGCUACUCCUCUUGAUGAUCCUUCCGUCUCCAUUAACAGUAUGGUAGAAAAUAGGGUUAAAAUUCAAGAAGAUCCUUAAAUACCAACCCCCUGCAAAGAAGGGACAGGUGAAAGAAGAGGAUUUCAGCCCCCAGGGCUGGCAUGAGGUUGACCAGCCGUAAAACCUACGGGCAAUAUGUUCGUUUGAUGAUUCAGCCUUAAUAUUUUUAUGUUGCUGGGAUAAUGUCAGUGUUGGAUGUGUCACAGAUCUGUUCCCACAAUUACAGUCAUUUGAGCAGUUUGGAAGGCCUUUUUUAAUGAUGUUUCUGCCACGUUCUUGCUUCAUCAGCCUGCUACAGCUCAAUAUCACAUACAGAAGAUGGCAGGAUAGGUUUCCCCUCGUUGUGUAAGAGAAGUCCAUGUCCUCACAGUGACAGAGCAAAGUAUGAGAACAGCGAGACUGCAGAGGAAACAAUUGCAAGGUAGCUGCAGUGCCAGCAUUGUUACUGAUCUGACAGUUGUAAAACAAAAUGUGUAAAUAACAUGCAUGUUAUGGUUUUUGGUUCAUUUGUGUGUUCUCUUCAGGAAGCAAGCAGGAGUCUGAAUUUGGUGAUAGACUUUUCAUAUUGGAUGAACCUGCACAGAUGAGCCUUUUCCAGGAGUAGCAGAAAUGCUGCAGCCUGCUGAAAAGGGAAGUGGCCCCUCACCGAUGGAGUCAAAAGCAGCAUAUUUCUGUUUCCUGAUGACAGCCUUGGGCGUGACGGCUGGUGCACAUCGCUUGUGGAGCCACCGUUCAUACAAAGCCAAGCUGCCUCUGCGGAUCUUCCUGGCUGCAGCUAACUCCAUGGCCUUCCAGAAUGACAUCUACGAGUGGAGCCGAGACCACCGUGUGCACCACAAGUACUCGGAGACAGAUGCAGACCCACACAAUGCCCGCCGUGGCUUCUUCUUCUCCCACAUUGGCUGGCUGUUUGUGCGCAAGCACAAAGACGUCAUAGAAAAGGGAAGAAAGCUGGAUUUCACUGAUCUGCUGGAUGACCCCGUUGUCAGAUUCCAAAGAAAGUACUACAAGAGUUCAGUCGUGCUGAUGUGCUUUGUGAUCCCCACCGUUGUGCCAUGGUACCUCUGGGGCGAAAGUCUGUGGAAUGCCUACUUCCUCGCCUCCAUCCUCCGGUACACCAUAUCCCUCAACGUCACCUGGCUGGUCAACAGCGCCGCUCACAUGUAUGGCAACCGCCCUUAUGACAAGUACAUCAAUCCCAGGCAGAACACCUUUGUCACUCUGGGAGCCAUUGGUGAGGGUUUCCACAAUUACCACCACACCUUCCCCUUCGACUACUCAGCCAGCGAGCUGGGCCUGAAGUUCAACCCCACCACUUGGUUCAUUGACUUCAUGUUUUGGUUGGGGUUGGUCACUGACCGGAAACAAGCUCCAAAGGAGAUGAUCCAAGCACGCAAGGAAAGGACUGGAGAUGGCAGUGCUUGAAGAGUAAUGCUUCUCUGUGCGUCAGCACCGUCGCACACUGCUCGGAGUUAUUUUCCUCUGGGUAAAAUUAGUUUUUUUCAGUUGGGCUGAAUUUAUUCCACAGGAAUAGAUUUGGCUCUGACCUUUCUUCCUUAUUAGCUGUCUUAUGUCCGAACUUCAGACUAUUAAACGUCAAAAUGUUCUAUAUUAUUUAAUAUUAGAGUUAAACUAAUUUUAGUCACUGUAGAUUAUGUCUGAAAUACGUUGUAAUUUGCUUGUUCAUGGUUAAAUGUUGCAGUUUGGAGGAACUAAUUAUCCUUUCAAAAUGCAGUUAGGGGAGAAUUUGUUUCUACUAUUAAUCAAACAUGCUUUUGAGACGUGUUCCUAGGAGGGGACAGGCAGGACAGGGCACAAUGUGCUGUUCCAACUACAAACCGAUGGUAAGGAACAGGAAGAGCACCAAGAAAAACAGGAUGUCAAAGGGGAGAAAUCAGCCUAAAAUUAGUUAGCUGUUAGUUUGAAAAUCUGCUUUCUUCUUUUUGUUAGCCCUGUUAGCCAAACCAACGCGCCGCUGUCUUUGCUAAAUAUGAAAACCAUUUACUGCUGAGCAGGCUUUUGUGUUGAAGAUACAGGCCAAAAUACAAACUGAUGCUAUGUUGAGAUGAUUCCUUUGUUGUUGCAUACACAUUGUAAUUUGUAAAGAUAUAGAGCUCAACAGUGUCUUAAGCCAAAUGAAGCUUCAGUUUUGAUGUUUGGAGACCUGAGUUAUAUUCUAACCAGUCAUGGCCAUGAAUGCAUGCAUAUUUUAGCUCCUUUUGCACAAGAGGCUGCUAACAUUUUUGUUUCUGCCUUUGAUUUGUGGGUCUUUGAAAACUGACCUUUAUCGAAGUCAGAGUCUCUACUAAUAUUUCAGCUGCAUGCAACAUCUAUUGGUUUCUGAGCAAAAUAUAAAGACAGUUAUGUAGCUUCUGAACUAAAUGGUUGCCUUGUUUAAAAAGGAAAAAAAAAAAGGAAAAAAAAAAAAAAGGAAAAAAAAAAAAAAAAAGCAUGCGGAGUUAAUGGAACAUACAGCCCUUAGUGUUAGAUGUUAGCCAGUGCAGGAGAAAGGCUUCAUACUGUCGGCACUGGAGCACUUUUGAAGAUAGAGGGCGUGAUUCUCAUUUAUAAAGCAGGUCGCCGCCUUACGCCUCGCUAGGGGGUGCUCGAUUCAGGCUGCUCGGCCCCAUGCCUGGAGCGCGGCUGUGGCUCAAGGUAAGUGAGACUCAGCCCAAGUAUUUUCAGGAAAGAUGUAGAGUUUAAAAAAAGAAAAAGAAAAAAAAAAAA